AUUUGCACUUUUCAUAAAAUUUAUGGCCCGUUACGUCUUUAUAAAUGUAAUAAAGGAAACUUGUUUGACGCAGAUUUAACAGGAUAUUCUAGAAAAACUCGUUUACGGACUAAUACCGUUGUUUAUAACGCUGACCUUUCUGUCAGAACAAUGUUAGUAAUACGACUGCUGUUGCUUUUCUGUCCUCUGGUGACAUGGUUUGCACAUGCGCAAAUGAUGGGCAGAUCCUGUGCGGGAAAGAACAUGAUGGAGAUUAGAGCCAUUAUUAUGCAGGCAAUAACUAAUGCCAGAGAUUCUCUCGCCCGCCAAAAACAGCUGAAUGAGUUCUUUAGUAAAAUAGGUCACGAUGAGGCUAUGAACACAGUACCAUACACGCCGAAAACGUACCAUCAACAUUAUGCCGCUUUCUCACAUCUCAACUUGCCGGCAUCUGUGCAAGUAGACAGUGGUUUCAUUGUUCAGCACGCAACGAAGGAAAUUACUCAAACUCUCGGUGUUAGCCCUGAGGAAUUGUACCAGUGUCCUGGUGUACAGGAAAUCUGGCACGAACUUAUUUCACCAUUCUGUAUUCGUCGUGACGCAAUCUGUGACGUCACUGCUAAAUAUAGAACUAUUGACGGAUCAUGCAAUAACCUUCAGAAUCCUCUUUGGGGACGUUCUAACAGACCCCAUCUGCGCUUUUUGAAACCUAAAUAUAUGGAUGAUAUAGGUUUACCACGUCAAACAAGUGUUGCCGGCGGAAUGUUACCUAGUGCAAGGACUGUCAGUAAUGUUGUACAUCACCAAGACCCUUGCUGUCCCCUGAAUGAAAGAGAUCUCAGCCUAUAUGUGAUGCAAUGGGGACAGAUGAUUGACCAUGACGUUACAGACACAGCUAUUGCACGAGGAGCUAACAAUUCUACAAUAAUCUGCUGUAACCUGCCUCAAAAACUUCUUAUGCAACGAUCUGAAUGUUUCCCGAUUGAUAUAAAGCCUAAUGAUGCGAGAUUUGAAGAAUCGUGUAUGAACUUUGUCCGGUCUGUCGCUGGACAUAGCGAUAAUUGUGACAUAGGUCGGCGAAACCAGCUUAACCAAGCGACUUCGUAUCUCGAUGCCUCGUUCCUUUAUGGACACAAUGAUGAAGAUGCAAACAUAAUCCGGUCGUUCCGAAAUGGCAAGUUGGGAUUUAUUGUAACUAAUGUAAAGUAA